CAAGAAGAAGCACAAGGCGAAGAAAAGGAAAAGGGAAGAGGAUGUGGCAGAGCAACUUGAUAUCGUUGGAAACUGGUGGGCUAUCAGUAAUUUCGGUGAAAUUACAGGAACUAUAGCUAUUGAAAUGGAUAAAGGAGCUUAUAUCCAUGCCCUCGACAAUGGCUUGUUUACACUUGGAGCACCACAUAAAGAUGAUGAAGGCCCUAGUCCUCCUGAACAGUUUACAGCAGUAAAGUUGUCUGAUACAAGGAUUGCUCUGAAGUCUGGUUAUGGCAAAUACCUUGGUAUAAAUUCAGAUGGACUUGUUGUUGGGCGUUCAGAUGCAAUAGGAUCAAGAGAGCAAUGGGAACCUGUCUUCCAAGAUAAGAAAAUGGCAUUACUAGCAGCAAAUAGCCGUUUUGUUAGAUGUAAUGAAGAGGGAGACAUAGAAGCCAAAAGCAAAACUGCAGGGGAAGAAGAAAUGAUAAAGAUUCGUACUUGUGCUGAAAGAGAAGCUAAGAAGAAAGAUGAUGUUCCACAAGAAGACAAAGGAAAUGUUAAGCAGUGUGAAAUCAAUUAUGUAAAGAAAUUCCAAAGUUUUCAAGACAAAAAGCUUAAAAUAAGCAAAGAAGACACAAAAGCCCUCAGAAAAGCCAGGAAAGAAGGCACUUUUCAUGAAAUGCUUCUUGACAGGAGAGCAAAAGUGAAAGCGGAUAGAUACUGCAAGUGACAACCAGCUGCUUCAUUUUCUUCUGCAUCUUUGAUGGUGGGGUCAAAUUGAAAAUAAGAGUAAAAUGUUUUAUAAUUUUUUAUGGAUGAUGUUUUGCUGAUGUUUUUUAUUUUGUUAUUUUUAAAGGAUCUCCUGAGAGCUAUAAUUAAGCAUCAAAAUAAUGUCAUCUUUCAGUAAUUAAUACUAUUAAGUUUACUCCAAAACCACAUGCUAUUGAAAUAGUGAGAUAAUUAUUUAAUGGAAAGAAAUUGACCCCCUGAAUCUUCCAAGGCUGAUGACAGGAGCCUGAACUUAGAGACAGGGCAGAAGGCAUUAAGGGCAGAAGAGA